AUGAUCGAAGACGACAUCUACCGUACCUCAUCCCAGUUCCGAAUUUGGUCCUUCACGGAGGAGUCAUUAAAACAACUACGAGCUACAACAAAUACCAUUGCCAGUGAGAGAGUACGAGCUGCACUGCGUAGGGCACGAGAGGCGCGACAGUCGGCCGCUCCGUCCGCGGCCGGAACACCGACGGCAAACCAGUCCGGGAGCGAGGCAGAUGGCAAGGGAGCUGAGGAGAGGAAUAUCGAGUGUUUGACGCCGGGGGAGGAGCAGGAGUUGGUGCGGUAUUAUUGCGAAAAGACCGUGGAGCUGGGGGAGACGUAUAAACCGCCAAUGCCGUCAAUCGUGCGGGCAACGGCAAUCCAAUACCUCCGACGCUUCUACCUCACCAACUCCCCCAUGACCUACCACCCCAAAUCCAUCAUGGCCUGCGCGCUGUUCCUCGCCACAAAGACAGACAACUACUACAUGUCCCUGCGACAAUUCGCAGCCGGAAUCCCCGGCGACACAACAGAAGAAGACGUAAUCGCCCCCGAAUUCCUCAUCAUGCAAAGCCUCCGCUUCACCUUCGACAUCCGACACCCCUUCCGCGGCUUCGAAGGAGGCAUCAUGGAACUCCAAGCCAUAUCCCAGGGCCUGGGCCAACCCUCCCCCCUCCAACCUCAACAAACACCAGAAGACCUCCGACAGCGUCUCUCAUCAACCCCCCCAGCCCCAAACGCAUCCUCCUCACAAUCUCUAAACGACCGCCUCGCCCGCGCCCACCACACAACACGCGAGAUCCUCAAAUCCGCCGCCCAAAUGACAGACGCCUACUUCCUCUACACCCCCUCCCAAAUCUGGCUAUCAGCAUUCCUCCUCGCCGACAAACCCCUCGCCGAAUUCUACCUUGACACCAAAAUCGGCGGCCCACCCGCAAACGACCCCACCAGCCCCCUUCACACCCUCCGAACAAAACUCCUCACAACUCUAACCAACUGCUCAAACCUCCUAAGCGCAUACAAACCCCUCUCCACAGACCCGGAACAAAUGAAAACCCUCCGCCGCAUCGCAAAGAAACUAUACCACUGUCAGAACCCAGAGAAAGCGAAUAUCGCGGGCCAGAAGCGGAUCCCUGCUGCUGCGACGUCUUCAGGUGCUGCUACUGCGGCUGGGACGCCGGUCGCUGGUGGGGAGAGCGGUGCAUCGGAGAGUGAGAUGGAGCGGUUGGCGAAGAAGAGGAAGUUGGAGGGUGGGGGGAGUAGUGGGACCAAGGCUGAUGAUAUGUUUGGGGGUGAGUUGGUGACGCAGCGGAAUAAACAAGGGCCGACUAGUUAUCCUGAGGGUGGGUAG